AUGUGGCUGAGUUCUGUGCUGGUUGGAGUGUUGGCUGGAAUCUGUGUCGCACAGUUUAAUCCCAAUGUGAACUGUGGAAGGACAAGUAUUGUCCACUUGUUUGAGUGGCGGUGGAAGGACAUUGCCGCAGAAUGUGAGCGAUACCUAGGACCUAAUGGAUAUGGAGGCAUCCAGAUUUCUCCGCCGAGCGAGAACCUGAUCAUCGAAAACCCUCAUAGACCAUGGUGGGAAAGAUACCAACCAGUCAGCUAUAAGAUCUGCACCCGCUCUGGGGAUGAGCAACAAUUUAGAGACAUGGUCACCAGAUGCAACAAUGUGGGGGUUUAUAUAUAUGCUGAUGCUGUUAUAAACCAUAUGUCUGGAGCUGGAGCUGGAAAAGGAAAUUCAUCAACGUGUGGCAGUCCAUAUGAUGCAAUUAACAGGGAAUUCUCAGCUGUACCUUACAGUAGUGCAGACUUUAAUGAUAAAAAGUGUAAAAGUCAGAGUGGUGGCAUUGAGAACUACCAGGAUGCUAAUCAGGUGAGAGACUGUCAGCUGGUAAGCCUUCUGGAUCUAGCUCUGGAAAGAGAAUAUGUUCAGACAAAGAUUGCAGAAUACUUAAAUCAUCUUAUUGACAUUGGAGUAGCUGGGUUCAGGCUGGAUGCAGCCAAGCACAUGUGGCCUGGAGACAUUCUUGCAAUUACAAGGAAUCUGAACAACUUGAACACUAGAUGGUUCCCCAAUGGCACACAACCAUUCAUCUACCAGGAAGUGAUUGAUCUGGGUGGGGAAGGUAUCUCAGCAAGUGAUUACAUCAGUAUUGGACGUAUCACAGAGUUCAAAUAUGGGGCUAAACUUGGAAAAGUGAUCCGCAGAUGGGAUGGAGAAAAGCUGGCCUAUUUGAAGAACUGGGGAGAAGGCUGGGGAUUUAUGCCUAGUGACAAAACCUUGGUGUUUGUGGAUAACCAUGACAACCAGAGAGGACAUGGUGCUGGAGGAGCCUCCAUACUGACCUUCUGGGAUGCUCGCUUAUACAAAAUGGCAACUGGGUUCAUGCUGGCACAUCCUUAUGGAUUUACGCGAAUCAUGUCAAGCUUUCGCUGGCCAAGGAACUUUGACAAUGGAAAGGACAUUAAUGAUUGGGUUGGACCACCAAGCUACAAUAAUGGGUCAAUCAUGGCUGUCACAAUUAAUGAAGAUACAACUUGUGGCAAUAACUGGGUUUGUGAACACAGGUGGCGUCAGAUAAAGAACAUGGUCAUCUUUCGUAAUGUAGUUAAUGGUCAAGCUCUUAUUAACUGGUGGGAUAAUGGACAAAAUCAAGUUGCUUUUGGACGUGGUAGAGCUGGAUUUAUUGUAUUCAACAAUGAUGAUUGGGAUAUGGAUGUUACUCUAUACACUGGACUUCCACCUGGCAAAUACUGUGACAUCAUUUCUGGCCAAAAAGAAGAUAACUGUUGCACGGGUAAACACAUCAGUGUAAGCAACACUGGCUUUGCCAAUUUCAUAAUUAAAGGUUCAGCUGAAGAUCCCUUUGUUGCCAUCCACAUCAAUGCCAUGUUAUAA